AUGGAAAGGUAUGGACAUACCACAACGAGUAUAAAAGGAGGCCUCGGAUACAACCUCAUCCUUCUCAACCGAUCACUAAGAUUUAUCUAUAAAACAUCUCGAUCUUGCUUCGCAGACUUCCAUAACUACUCACCCAGUCCCCCAAGACACCUCUAUAAACUUCGGUUGAACUUACUAUCUCUUAAUAGAGUUAUGAACCUCCGAGAAAACAGCGAACUAGUCAAAUACUAUCUCCGAUUCUUAAAGCUCCGAAAAGAAGAAUUUAUCAAGAGCUAUAAACCGAGCGACUGGGAGCUACUUAGCCGAGAAGAACAGCUCCAGAUCGCUAUCGCUAGGAUACAUCGCGAAGAAGACGACACCCUCGCGGCCAAGAUACUAGUAAACGAAGCUCUUCGCGAGUACAGAGAAUACAAACGAGAACAAAGGCUUAGAAUGUCUGCAUCCACGACCUCCGCAAGCAUUAAUCCCAGUACUUCGAUAGAAGUCCCUAACAACCACUCCGCGGUCGAUAAUAUAGGCAACCCUGAAGAUACUUCAGUCGACGAACUCGACGAAUUAUUGAACUAUCCUCGCGACCCAACCUUGCCGGACCGCUCCCAGCUCCCACGAGACCAAGGAGCUCCGCUACCUCUCGAAGACCGAGUCCGACAACUCAGCAUGCUUCAGAUCAAGAAGAAGACGGCCGAGACGACCGACUCUCAGAUCACCAACGACUCUCAGAACAAAUCGAGAGACGAAGCGAUGGAUCUAGACGAUCCCUCGAUCUCCUUGGAGGAUACCCCAAAACGCCCCAACAGCCCCGACAUAGUGGCGCUGUCCAAGAAGGAACGCAUCCGCCUACUGAUCAAGGAACACAUAGCUAUCUGGAAGAAAUUCGUACUCGAGAAGCCUUCCGGAGCAACCCCCGAACUCCGAACCAUCCUACACCAGGCGCAAGACUCCCAGAAAGCCUUACAGAAGCUGAUCACCAAAGAAGAGCUCGAAGGCUACGUCAAGGGGUGGAAUCCCUGGGACGCCAAACGCGAGUUAUUUCCUCCACCGCCGAAGAAGGAAGGCAAGAAGAAGAGCUCCACCUCGAAGAGAGCCCAGCAAUACGACGAUCCUCGGGUCUGGGCGGACGUCUUCGAGAUAGGUCAGGCUUGGAGAGCAGCUUACCGACAGCGCUCCCGCAAAGCACUUCCUCCUUAA